AUGAGAUUGGUCAUUCGCAAGGACUUUGAGGCUGUCUCCUACCACGUUGCCAAGUAUGUCAAGGAGCGCAUCAAGGAGUUCGCUCCCACCGCCACCAAGCCCUUCGUUCUCGGACUCCCCACCGGUUCGUCCCCCGUUGGUGUCUACAGAAACUUGGUCAAGUUCCACCAAGCCGGCGAGCUCUCCUUCCAGCACAUCAUCACCUUCAACAUGGAUGAAUACGUCGGAUUGCCCAGAGAUCACCCCGAGUCUUACCACUCGUUCAUGUGGAGCAACCUCUUCAAGCACGUUGACAUCGUCCCCGAGAACGUCCACAUCCUCGAUGGAAACGCAACCGACUUGGACCUCGAGUGCCAGCGCUACGAGGAGAAGAUCGCCUCCGUUGGUGGUAUCGAGCUCUUCUUGGGCGGUAUCGGUCCCGAUGGUCACAUUGCCUUCAACGAGCCCGGCUCCUCCCUCAACUCCCGCACCCGUGUCAAGACCCUUGCCUACGACACCAUCGUCGCCAACGCCCGCUUCUUCGAUAACGACAUCACCAAGGUCCCCAACCUGGCCUUGACCGUCGGUGUUGCCACUGUCAUGGAUGCCCGCGAGGUCUGCAUUAUUAUCACCGGUGCCCACAAGGCCUUGGCCUUGGCCAAGUGCAUCGAGGAGGGCGUCAACCACAUGUGGACCGUUUCUGCCAUCCAGCUCCAUCCCCGCGGCAUGGUCGUCUGCGACGAGGACGCCACCCUCGAGCUCCACGUCAAGACCGUCAACUACUUCAAGUCCAUUGAGAAGGUUCACGAGCAGCUUAUUGGAUCCGACAACGUCGGUCUCCAGGGCGGUGUUCGCUCCUGGCGCGGUGGUGCCGAGUCGACUUACCACCAGUAA